AUGACUUAUGAGCGAGUAACAGAUGUAUGUCAAAUAUUUAAAGAAAUUCGAGAAAAUAUCGAUGAUGAGUUUAAACAAAUAUUUUCUAAUGUAGAAGAGUCUAUGUUAGAAGGAAUUAUUGAGGCACCAAGAACUGUAGGUCGACAAACUGCACGUAACCAUAUUCCAUCUGAUUCUCCGGAACAGUAUUACAAAAGAUCAAUAUUUUUACCGUUUUUGGAUCAUUUUAUUUGUCAAUUACAAGAUAGAUUUACUAAUCAUCAUCAAUGUAAUGGCCAAACUACAAUCACUUAUUCCAAAUUUUCUUAA